AUGACAACAUCGACAACAAAAACAUGUUGGCCAGAAUUAGUAGGUAAAACAGCUGAUGAAGCUGUACAAGCAAUUAAAGAAGAAUCUGGUUUAUCGAAAGUUCAUGUCUGUGGACCAGGAUCAAGAACUACACGUGAUAUUGAUGAUGAGCGUGUUCGUGUUUAUGUCGAUGAAGAUAAUCGAGUAACCAGUCAACCAAUUAUUGGAUGA